UCGCUCUAUAUGCUUCCAACUUCAUUGUUGUAUUGGAAAAGCAAGUCUUCUAAAGACGAGUACUAUAGUGAAUAUCUAACGUGUAUCGAUACUAUCGAAGAUGUUAUAAGAGCACUGUCUAUACUCUUGCCAGGAAGAUUUGAGGAUUCGAAUCUUUGUUCGCAAGCAAUACUUUCAGUAAUAAAUCUAGUGUCACUCUAUCACACCAACGUUUUGAUAAAAAAAUCAACAUUAUCAGAGAAAACAAAGCUCAAUCAUCUCUUGUCAUUUAAUGAACGCUUUUCUCAGUUAAUUUCAGCUAAAAAACUACUUAGAACAGCUUCUUGGACAUUAAGCAUGAUAUCAUAUACCGAAGUACUUACGGAGAUGGUUUUGAGUCGAAAAGUCUCAAAUCUUUCCAAAUGGAAGUGGAUUGCUAGCUUAGAAGGAAUAAAAGCCCUUUUACGUUUGAUAUUAUUCUAUGGCACCAAACGACAAAUGCUUUUGCAUCCAACUCAUCUUAUCCGAAGUGUAGAUUCAUCAUCAUUGGAGGAAUUAAAGGAGGAAAAACUCGAAUUGCUGACACUUGAUCCUAGAACGGGCAUAGCUUCGUCUGCUUAUUCUAUCAUGGCAAAUCAUAACGGUGGAGUAACUGGAUGGAUGCACCUUAGUGAAUUUUUAUGGGUGUUGCGUCCUGUAGUUUAUGUGAUUAUGAUUCUGUUUGAACUGAGAAAAAAGCAAACUGAUUUAACUCGGUCAAAGACACAAGAGGAAACCAUAGAGAAAGAGGAUGAAGGAUCAUGGAAACCCUGGUUAGUUUCCUUAAUACUAGACUUAAUAUCAAGACUAGCAAGACAUAAACAGUCUAUGUCCAUUCUAGAAAAAGACGAAUCUAGACGCAGAGAUUAUUUGCUUUUCUAUUACCUUUUUAGAGGUCCCAUCUACCUUAAGUUCACAAGACCUUUAUUAAAUGCAUUCUGUAAUGCAACAGAACAUAAGCCCUUGAUAUCUAUCAUUACAGCUGCCUUAAAUGAUUACAGACCUUUUUGGGAAGACUUGUAUUUUUAUACUUCAGCAUCAUAAAGUUGAUUGGAUGAUGGUAGCGUGAGAAGCAAACAUAAAAAAUAAAAUAAACUUAAAUGAAUAAGCUGUAUGAAUUUCAUUCACACGGCAUUCUUUUUAUUUAAAUAUGA